CUAAGCCGUGUACAUUGUCAGAAUAUUUUGUAAGUUCUUUAAGCAAAAGAGAAAUCAUACUAGAACGACAGUCAUGGCAGUAGUAGUAUCUAAUGUCCAUGUCUCAUAUUGUUAUAUCGGAUUUACAUUACUCAUACAUUUGAUAGGAAUAUUUUGUCAGGAAUGUCGUCUUAAAAGCAUGAGAGUAGACCCUGAUCAUAUCAAUGCUCGUUUGCACGGUUAUACAUUUAUAACGUUUGAAAACAUUGGCGCAAAUGCAUGUUUUGAUAAAUGUAUUCGUCGGAGGAGAUGUCUAUCAUUCAAUUACAAAGAAGAACAACGCCACUGUGAAAUAAACGAGAAAAACGGCGAAACCGACUUAGUUGAAGGAAUUGGUUAUGUGCAUGUAAAUAUACAACAGUACAGAAAUUUUUCCAGACAUGACCCUUGCUCAAACAUAGAAAUUUGUCAAGUCGGUGAAAUCUGCCAAACCACGAGGGUCGGCGAAUUAGUAUGUGUUAAAGACAUCAAUCAAAUACAGCCAGUUACUGACUGCAGUGGAUUACACCCAGAUCUUCCAAGUGGUACCUAUGAAAUACGACCGAACCAUUUUCAUGUCAUUAAAGUUUAUUGUGAUCAAAGCACUUCCGGUGGUGGUUGGACGGUGUUUCAAAGAAGAAAAGAUGGAUCUACUGAUUUUUAUCGUGGCUGGAAUGAUUACGAAAAUGGUUUUGGUGAUCUUGAGAAUGAAUUCUGGUUAGGAAACAAGAAUAUUCAUGCUAUAACUUCACAAAGAAAGUAUCAGUUACGAUUUGACCUUGAAGACUUCGAAGAAGAAACCAGAUACGCUGUUUACAGUACAUUCAACAUUGGGAACGCCUCUUCCGAAUAUCAACUGACAAUUCAGGGUUACACAGGAGAUGCUGGCGAUGCCAUGAGAGAUUGGAAAAGGAGCUUGAACGGAAGAAAGUUUUCAACGAAAGACAGGAACAGCGAUUCUAAUUACGAUAACUGUGCAGUAACACGCUAUGGUGCUUGGUGGUUUAGAGAUUGUACCCGUUCUCAUAUGAAUGGUCUGUAUACAACGGACAGAACAGAAAAUGAAACUACAAUUCACUGGUAUACUUGGCAUAAUCGCACACCAUUAAAAGGAACAGAGAUGAAAGUGAAGCCCGUCUUGUAAAAUAACGUUAUAACUUAUUUUCAAUAACAUUUUUUUCGUAGAUUAAAAAUUAAGUUUUCGGUAUCGAACGGACGGAACAGAAAUGGUAACUAAAGAAUACAUUCACUGGAAUACGUGGCAUAAAAAAAAGAGCAAAUAAAAAACAGAGAUGAAAGCCUGUCUUGUAAAGCUAACUUUAUAACUAAUUUUUCAAUAUAAUUUUUCUCGAGGAACAUAUUUAUUCAGUAAAGAAUAGGUGAAUUUAAAGGACGAAUAAUGUAUUUCAAACUCAGUUUUAGCAGGCACUUCGGUAUUUAACAGCGUGACAUAAAACUGCUUCUUUAAAUACAAUUUGUGAACGUAAAAAAUAAAUAGAACCGAACAUGAUCAUUGUGCUUGGUAGCUUUGUGUAGUGUUAAAGAUAAUUUUAUGAAAUUUUCACCAAAUGAUCAAUUUCGAUAAAUACUGUUAUGAUUCUAUACGAUAUCAAACGUUGACCAUAACUCACUUUAACUUUUAUUAUUUUAUCAGUCCAAUUCAUAACAAGUUCUUCGAAACAAAGUAUCUUCCUGUUACUCAUUGAUUAGUACAUUUUGUAGUAUUGUAGCAAAAUGAACAAUAAUAAAAUAGUAAAAGAGAGUCUUAAAAUACCAAAGGGACAUUCAAGAUCAUAAGUCGAAAAUAAACUUGACAAUGCCAUGGCUAACAAAGAAAAAAAUAGCAUACAAACAGUUGUACACAGUUCACAGCAUAGAAAACGAAAAACUGAGCUACACUAACCCCACAAAAAACUAGGAGUGUUCUCAUAUGCCUCGGAAGGAUAGGCAGAUAUAGCUGCACAUGUGGCACAUGUUGUGUUACUUGCGUUAGUAUAAACCCCGUAAAAGGUCAAACUUGCAUUGGUGCGUCACAGACGGGGAAUAGUGAAUUGGAAUGUAAUUAGGACAUUUUGGACAUAUUUGCUUUACUGAAAAUUCGGAAAUUAGUGCGUGCAUUUAUAAUUGCGAUUUUGUCAUUUUAGUCUUUAAUGCAAUUGUCAAAGCGUCAAUAGACUUCUGAUGCUUUAAUAAAUGUAUACAACUGUAGAGAACAAACUUGAAGAUUGCAGGAUUUAGAAAUGUGUUCUUAUUUGGCAUAUAUGUUUUGACUUUUUUUAUAUUUACAUAUUGUUUAUUUACGUUGAAUAAUAUCUGUGAAAUAUUUUUACAUUUCAAAGGUCAAACUUGAAAAUUGCUGGCGUUAGAAAAAUAAGACAAUUUCAUAUUUUUUGUUUGGUGUUCGCCUUUGGCUUUUAUGUGUUGACUUUUUAUGUAUUUUCAUAUUGCAUGUGUGCGUUAUAUACUAUUUUAUGUCUGUGGAACAUUUAUUCAUUCAAAAGUAUAAAACUUUAAAAUUUCUGGCGUUAGAAAUCGGGACAAUUCCAUUCUUUAAAUUUUUUGUAUGUUUCUAUGUUCUAUUUGGCAUACAUGUGUUAACAUUUUGUAUAUUAACAUUUUGAAUAAUUUCGUUAAAUAUUUUAUGUCUGGAGCAUUUUCACAUUUAAAAGUAUAAACUUGAAGAUUGCAGGACUUAGAUAUGGGGAAAAUUAUUCUCGGAGUUCAGUAUUUUAUUUUUUACGGAUUUUGAUCCCGGGUUAAGCGAGAGAUUUGAUGCGUGGAAUGUCAUAGCGCACAUAGUAUCAGUAUGCGAUUUGUAUUAACUUGUCUCUCUCUUGUACACAGAGAUUAUACUUUACCAAAACAACUUCAACUGAAAAUCAAAGCAAUUCUUAGCUUAUUGAACAUUCCGGGAUCAAAAUCUGUAAAAAUUAAAAAACAAAAAUACUGAACUUCGAGGAAAAUUCAAUUGGAAAAUCCCUAAUCUAAUUUAAAUGACAGACGCCUAUGUAAAUGAAUAUAGUAGCUUUACAGAUUUUAUCAUAUAAGUAGUGUUGUACAUCAUAUAAGUAUACUUGCACACCAUAUAAGUAUGUUUGCACAUCAUAUAAGGAUAUUUGCAUUGCAUAAAAAGGUGUUUGCACAUCCCAUAAUGACAAGUGCAGAUUAAAGGAAGGUGAUUGCACAUCAUAUAAUGACAAGUGCACAUCAUAGCAAGGUCAGUACACAUCAAAUUAUAAAAAUAGGCAUAACAAGACAGUAUUUGGCGUUCCAUAGUUAACAGCUUUACAUCUGUGGAUGAAGAUUUUUAACAAAGUGCAAAUUUUACAUAUUUGUUGAAUGUUGAUAUAUAGGAAACAAAUUAUAAAAGAUGGCAAUUUAUCUGGGAGGAUCGUGUAAAAGAUAAAGUUUAAGCAUUGAUGUGUAAUGUUUACACAAUUAUUUUUUCAAUAAAUACACAUAGUCUGUCACAUUUUUUGCAGAACUGACUUGCAUAUAUACUGUAUAUAUUUUCAUUUGAUUAAAUGUCAAGACAUUCAAAUAGGGCGGAAGAUAUCAGAGAGACAUUUAAACUUCAAGAUAAAAAACAAACUGACAUUACCAUGACUAUAAAGAAAAAGACAAACAGAUAAAUAAUAGUACACAAGACUUUACAUAGAAACCUAAGACUAAGCAUUACGAACCCCACCAAAAACUGGAAGUGAUCUCAGAUACUUCGGAAGGGUAGGCAGAUCCUGCUCUAGAUGUGGCACAUCUUGUGUUGCUUAUGUUGUUACUAGUGUUGUCAAAUCGUACAAUUUUGACUAACUGAUUACUCGGAUAAUCGUUCGGCCGAGUAACCGGUUAGCCGUAUCUUUGAAUUUUUUAAUACGACGAAUUGAAGUUUGUCCUUUGACAUUAUUAGGCUUACAUGUGAGGAUUUUGGCGAAGUUUGACUUUUAAUAAUCCAAUCUUCUAUAGCACUGGUAAUAACUCCAGAUUAAAAAAAAUCUUUUUGAUCUUGUCGAAUUAAAAAUGCAUGAAACCGAUGAUACUUUCGUUUUUUCCUGAUGUCUCAGAAAAUAAUGUGGAGUGUUUCUAUUUAAAAUAAUUAAGCCUGUUACUCUUACUAUCCAGUAUUAUACAUUAUUUCAUUUAUGUUGAUUUUACAUCUUUUGAGUCGGCACUUCGUUUAAAGUAAAGUCUUGCACGAUUGAGGUUGUACGUUCAGAUGUAGGUCUACGCAAUAUUGGAUCAAAUUAAAAUAAGGAAGUUAAUUGUAAAAUAUAAUCUAGUUUACUGAUUUAAAGUUGCUGCUGAAAAUAACAAAUAUACUAAUUAUGCUUACUUAAGGUCUUGCUCCGAGCUGAUAGACAAGUGGUCUAAGUUCUAAUUAAUAUUAUGGUUUUUUUUCAAGAUAACAAUAGCAAUCAAUUUACUGAACAAUCAAGCUGUGAAAUUAAUAACCGACGAAAAUUUUAAAACAGAACAAAAUUGACUUCAAUACACUUUUACAUCAAAUUUAUUAAGAUUGAAAAAAGUCCGUUUAACCGGUUAGUGUUUUUGGUAUUCGAUAUUCGGACCUUCCGACGGUAAACCGAUUAACAAUACUAGUUGUUACCAAUCAAAUUAUGUUGUCUUACAUCGAGGCUUAGUUUUGCUGAUCUAUCGUGUACUGACAACAUGCUCUAUUGUAUUCGCUUUAAUUGUGCACAUUCUUACAUAAAUGUAUCUACAUUUUCAAUAAAACAUCUCUCUAUACAAAACGUUUUAUUAUACCACAGAAUAAUCGAAAAUGUUUUUCUUUCAUUUAGAAUUUUUAAGAUUUGGUACCAAUAUUGCUGGAUUAGAGGCAAUAUAGUAUGUUUUCAAUGUCCUUCUCUCAGAAAUACAUAAAACACUCAGAACAUUAAAGUAAAAAUAAAGAGUACCUGAGAGAAUAUCAUGAACUCCUUGAGGCUUGAAACAGGGUGCGUUGAUAGAUAAAAAAAGUAUAAUCGUGUUUAGGACUAAUAAAAUAUUCUCCUAUUCAAAGAUCUGACACCUGAAAAAAAUGUGUUUUGAGACACAAACACAUCGUAUCAGUAUCCAUUGUAUCAGUAUGGUAACUUUCAAAUCAUGUACACAGCUACUUUUGUAUAGGUACUUGUUUUUUCAUAGAACUUUAUUUGUACUUGAAAUUUAGGUACUUCAGAUUUUUCGUGACAACCGUUAUAUUUUCAGCAUUUUGAAAGUUUUUCUAUUUCAAAUCUCUUAAAGAUAUGAUUUUCAAACAUGGAAUAUUGUGAUCACUGUUGGUAUUAUUUCUGUCCAAAAAUAUUUAGAACAAAUCAAGUACUGUAAAAUAAAAGUACCUAAAUAUUACAAUAAUUUUAAAGUAAAGAAAUCGUACUAAAUAUUAAAAGUAAAUUUCAAGUGGUACAUAUUUUUAGUACAGAAAUAGUACCUAUGGAAAAGUAGCCGUGUAUAGAGUCGAAUAAAGUCAUUAUUCCUCAUAUCUUUUUAUAUUAAUAUAUAAAAACAAUAAUUGCCAAUGCAAUGAUAUAACUCUAUGAUUUAUAAUUUCAAAACUAAAAUCGUCUCGUUUGUUAUAUAUUUUGCUUCUGAGAUGACCGAUAGUAAAGCUAUAAGUCUAAAUUUGAUGC